AUGGCCAACAAUAGUAUGCGUAACGGGUCUUCGCAAUUAGGCCCUGAUACGGCGCUGAGUCUUUCUGCGAGCAUGUGUCCAGAACAUGGCUCAGCCUCAUACAAUCAGAUCACUUUGAAGGAGAAGUUACGUGAACACUUCAGAAUGCCCGCAGGUUUCCGCCAGACAUUCAAACAAACAUACUACGAGAAAUUGAGGCGUGCGCAGCUGAACUUGGUGCACGCUAGUGAGAGCUAUCAUGAUGCAUGUGAGGGUGCUCGCUUCAAGUUCUAUAGAGCCCUCGCAGAUACGCGGCAAGUUUUGCAUGAAAUGCGAGAUGCCAUUGACAAUAUACGCGUGGAAGCGCAGCUAUGGCGAUACGAUCAUAUUAAUGCCCCGAAGUUGGAUAGCUUAUUUCGGUACGAAAGCCUGAAAUCGAGGAGUAUUAUCCAUCGCAUUGGACCAGGAUCUGGAGAUGAGCAGCGAUUUCAUUCUGGUGAGGUACAGAAGGACAAAUCCCGCGCAGUUUGUCAGGCGCCACACCCUUCUCCGAAGAGCUCUAAUAGAACAGACACGAGCGACAACACUAUUUCCUUGACUACAGAUGAGGACGCUUUCGAAGGAAAUGACAUUAUAUGCUCGGCCCCUCUGAAGCUCCCACACACGGAUAUUAAGAACGUCGAUGUUUUGCAUAGAAGUGCCUCUGCUCCUGUUGAGUUGAUAAAUGAUUCCGAUAUCUACCUAUCUCGAUGCCCUACUGUCAAUGAUUCUGCCAAUAGUACAUACGCAGACACAGGGCUACAUUCGCGUGUUUUAGACUCAGAGACCCAGAUAGAGACUGUCCGUAAAAUAACAGAUAUCAUGAUCCGAAUGUUUGACGAAUACAUGAAUGACAAUAAUUUAGACACCGACCAGCGUAUCCCCAGUUUGGCUAUGCAUGAAUCCAGACCAGUUACGUUCUCUAGUCAUCCAACGGAUCUUGUUUCAAGUAACGACAGUAACACUGUUGCAAUGCCACUACCGAGGCCCAGAAGCUCGGUUUGUAACGAAAUAGAUAGGUUGAAUAGCAUGAUUGAGAGUGCCAUCAGUAUAUACAACCGGUACAGCGAGGAAGGCCUGCAGUCCAGUAUUUAUAAUAUUACUGAUGCGAAUGACCAGAACACAAACCAGUCGUUGCGAUAUUCCGCAUUAGAGAACAGUAAUAGCGGUUUUUCAACGGAGAAGUCCAAUUCAUUAUCUCUACGACACUACCCAAACGAGGCCAUGGGAACUAUGAAAGAUAUUUUGGAUCGGGUGGUGAACCAGUUGAAUCAGUUUGAGGGCAGUGAGACGUCGCUGUGUUUACCAGAUUCUGAGAAUUCGGCAGGAAAGGCAGAAACAGUCGGAAGUCAGUUUCUAGAUCCCACUUUGAAGUCCGUUCUUGCGCCAGUCGUUCUACAAAGAGUCCCAGAGGGUGUUGAGGUUCCCCUAUGGUGUACAGUGAGGCACACAAAACAAGACCUUCUCCAAAUAGAAGAAGCAGACGAAGAUCAAGAGGCUACAAAUAGCUUGGAGUACAAUUCUGAACAAAGUGUAUUGUUCGAUCUCUCGGAUACACCAUUAAUAUGCACACUAGGUAAGCCUUCGCUUGAGGCAGCAAAUUGCGGGACAAUGAAAACCAUUGAUGAAGAUCGCAUUUACGAUGAUAUAUAUGCUUUUGAAAGGACGAUGUUCUCUCAGAUGCCAUUAUCUUUGAAGCUGUUGUUCAAUGAGUAUCCGCCAUAUAUUUAUGAAAAACGUCUCUUAAGACCUUUGCCGCCGUCACUCAAGGUUUUGUUCCAGGACCCGGAACACGAAUACGAAUGGAAGAAUACAGACGAGCUGUUGCUUAAACCGCAUCAUGCAACUAUUGAUAGUAACUGGGAGUUCCCAAAUAUGUACCCUUUUCUGGUGAAGGGCCAAGCCACACAGCCUGCUGCAGGCUUGUUCUUUGGUAAGUGCUGGUUCUGCGGGCAUCAUAUAAUCACCAAAUUACACAACUGCCGUCGAGAAAACCUUAAGAAACAUCUACAGCAUACUGCUGACAAUGUUAAAUUUCAUUUGGUUGAUUUCUGCGAGGAUAUCAAAUUAGAAAUUGAUUGGGUACUUUACAAGUUCAAAUAUGAACUUUUCGCGGAAAGUUGA